AAAUAUUUACUCUGAUAAAGACCAGUUAAUUAGAAAACAAAAAAUGGCACAAGUUGAUUUAUUUACUUGAAAUUUAGGUUAACCGUCGUGCUGCGUUGAAGACUGAAGACAACGUACGUAGCGGAGUUGAAGAUCUCGACGCUGUCUCGCGACAAACUACAAAAUAUCUUGGCUUGUCCCGCGCUUGUCUGCAGCUCCGGGUCGGUGUUGGUCGGUGAAUGCAUGGUUUCCACCGAGAUAGCCCGACUUGUAGCCGCAAAACGGGUAAUAUUGUCUGUCGAAAAGGCUUUUUAGUCCGUAUGUUUUAGAGCUUAUAUUUUGAAGAAGCACAACCAUGGGCGUGGAGGUCGAGACAAUAUCCCCCGGUGACGGAAGAACAUUUCCAAAGAAGAACCAGACGUGUGUUGUUCAUUACAUAGGUAUGCUGCAGAAUGGGAAGAAGUUCGACUCCUCCCGAGACAGGAACAAGCCAUUUAAGUUCAAGAUUGGACGGGGUGAGGUCAUCAAGGGCUGGGAGGAAGGUGUAGCACAGAUGAGCCUGGGUCAGAGGGCAAAGAUCACCUGCACGCCAGAGCUGGCCUACGGAGCGGUAGGCCACCCCGGAGUCAUCCCCCCGCACGCCACGCUCGUAUUCGAUGUGGAACUGCUGAAGCUGGAGUGAUGCUCGAGCUUAAAUCAGAAGGUUGAAGCUGAAUGAGGCUGCGUUCGCCACAACCUGUUUCCACAGGGAGACCAUAUUCGGCUGCCGCCUCCCGUCACUCUUCUAUGAUUUUUACGGUCUUUAGUUCAGUAUUUAAACGUAUCUAAUGCUGCUUCGUUGCCAUCUUGUCAUCAUAGAUACUGCGAGGAAUCUUGCAAGACUUUUUCAAACAUACACACGUCGCAUUUUUGUUUCUGUUAGUCGGAGAUGCUAUUUUGUUUAAUUGCAUUUUAAAGUUGUAAAUUUCGUUGAACCACGAGAAAAUCCGGGUGAAAAGCCGUUACUACAUUGCAAUCAAAACAUAUACUGCCUUACAGUUUCAACAACAGAGGAAGGGUACAUACGUCGAAAAGUACAAAACUUCAGCUCUGUGUCAUAACUGGGCAUUAUAUACCACUGUCUGCAUUGCCACUUUGAUAAAGGGUCGUCCUGCUGAAUGCUCUGAAUGAUGUUGCUAUGUUUAGUAUGUUUUAUAUCCCUCAUAAACAUUUACUGCAAGUGUACCCUAUCCAGUCUAACCCGAUCCAAUACUGUACAGAACUCUGUGAGAGCCAUUGCUACUACGACAGUUUAUCGACCAACUCUUGAAUAAAAAUGGCAUGUACUGUGUUGAGAA